GUCACCAAUUAUUAUUGGCUUAGGGUUUAUUUUCACUUUUCUUCACUAGGGUUUCAGAUUAUUAUUCCGAGAUGUCGAGAGUGUAUGUUGGAAAUCUUGAUCCUAGGGUCACUGAAAGAGAGCUAGAAGAUGAAUUCCGUACCUUUGGAGUUAUAAGAAGUGUCUGGGUUGCAAGACGCCCACCUGGUUAUGCUUUUAUUGACUUUGAUGACCGGAGAGAUGCCCAAGACGCAAUAAGGGAAAUAGAUGGUAAGAAUGGAUGGAGAGUGGAGCUCUCGCAUAAUUCUAGAGGAGAAAGGGGUGGGGGUCGUGGAGGAGGUCGUGGUCGCUCUGGAGGCUCUGAUUUGAAGUGCUACGAGUGCGGUGAAUCUGGUCAUUUUGCUCGUGAAUGCAGAGUGCGUGGAGCUCCUGGAAAACGUAGAAGUCGUAGCCCUCCUAGAUAUCGGAGGAGCCCAAGUUAUGGUCGCAGGAGUUAUAGUCCUCGUGGACGUUCCCCCAGACGUCGAAGUGUGUCGCCUCGUGGCCGUAGCUAUAGCCGAUCUCCUCCUCCAUACCGUGGACGAGAUGAAGUUCCUUAUUCCAAUGGAAAUGGCCUCAGGGACCGAAUCAGAAGCAGGAGCUGAAUGGAAAAGAUGAUUACUUGUCUCAUUCAGGAGUGUUGGGAUAUGUGUGUUACUAUGCUUGACUUAAUCGCAGUUGUGUAAGUGAGGCCAUGCCCUCAACUUCAACGGCUUUUAAUUUCGUUUGAUAUGAUAAGUGUGUUUUUUAAUUUCUUAACCUUUUUCCAUUUUAAGAACCAUUAUCUUAUUGACUUAGACCUUUUGUACUUUAUGGCAUCUAUUAUCUUUAGAAAAAAGAAAUUAUCCUAAA